CAUUUUGGCCUAGCAUUGUAAUAAAGACCAGCACAAAUCUCUCUCCGACAACUCUCCGACCGAGGCUUGGUAAGACUUUCUGGAUUCAGAGGUUUAACCAAGAGGGUUCUUCGCACCUCCAUUUGAAGACAGGGCUCGUGAGCUUCUUCUGCAUAUGCUGGAUCUUUUUUAUGAAGUCUCCCCGAGUCAAUUCUAGACCUUGAUGCCCCAUUUCUUCUGCUGGUGGCUGUUGGAGUUCAGUCAGUGAACAAUUUGCGGAUGCAGAUUGCAGGGUUCUGAAGAGUUCGAAGGUUAAUAAUUGCAAUUCUAGCAAACAAUGCGGAUAAUGGGUUGUUGCUGCUUUAGUUGAAGUGAUAUGAGGUAUUGAAUAUGAGUGAUGGGGGUCGGGAGAACAGAAGGGAACAUGAGAAAUCAAGCGGUCACAGAAAAUCCGGGGUUGAUAAUUUUGCGAGGGCCAUUGCGAAGAUUGCUGUUGCGCAAGUGUGUGAAACUGAAGGGUUUCAGGCUUUUCAGCAGUCGGCCCUCGAGACAUUCUCUGAUGUAGCAGUUAGAUACAUACGUGAUGUAGGAAAGACAGCACUCUUGUAUACUAAUUUGGCAGGUAGAACAGAGGUUAAUGUUUUUGAUGUUAUCCAAGGACUAGAAGAUUUAAGUAUGGGGCUUGGUUUUGUGGGUGCUUCGGAUAUCGAUCACUGCCUAGUGCAGUCAGGUGUAGUACGUGAACUUUUGCAGUAUGUGGGUGAUUCUGAAGAGUUACCAUUUGCCUAUGCUCUUCCUCAGUUACCUAUCUUUAGAGAUAGAAAGCAGACUCCAAGUUUCUUGCAAGCUGGAGUGGAGCCUCCUCAUGAACAUAUUCCAUCUUGGUUGCCUCCAUUUCCUGAUAUCCAAGAUCAUGUUCAGUUGCCAAUGCAGGAGAACGGCGCGAAGGAUCCUCAACUUGUAGAAGUUGAACAUGCAAAAGACGACAUAAAGCCUGAGCAGCAGUCUUCAUUGAGUGUGCAGCCAUUGCAUUCUGCUGGGGGAUUAGCAGGUCCUCCCCUGGUUGCUGAGAGGAAUGCUGCCAAUCUGAAAGAAGCAGCAGUAACUAAUCCAUAUCUCGCUGCACCUCUGUAUUUUGGUGAGAAAGAAGUAUCUCCGGCUGUUCUUCCUACCAAGCUUUCCAGUGAAGCAGCAGUUGGUGAUCAUGUGGGACAAAAGCAGGUAAUGGAUGGUAAAAUAUCUGCACUGGAAGCAUUUGUCCCAGGCAUUGAAUCAAUAAAGAGCGGGUUGAAUGAUUCUGAUGAGGGUCAAAUGAAGGUCUUUCCAAGCCAAAGACCGCCUGUGCAGUUCAAGAUUAGGAUCGGCAAGAGGUCCUUUAAUGCAAACCCAAACUCGAGCUUUGAGCAUGAGGAUUUUGUCAGAUUGCUUCUGGUGGUACCGUUUCUGUGUUACUCAGAUACAAAUGUUCAUGAAGAAUUUGAUGAUGCACUGGGGCUUUUGAUAACAUCAAACGUAAUGCUGUUGGGAUGGAUUGGCUAGAGGAAAUAGUUUGAAAUUAUCUUUGUAUAGCCGAUGUUUAGUUUUUACUAAGAAGUGAUAUGGCCCAAAAAAAAAAAAAUAUUGAUUUCUUUACACGGUUGAAAAAAUUAGAAUUUUGAAAUGUCGAAGUUGUCUCCUAGAUAGGUUGUUGUAUAAUAAUAUUAAACGGAAAAAGAGGAUACUCUUGCAUAGACUACUACACUCGUGUGAGUAUUUUUGUGAUAUUUGAUGGGAAGAAUGUUAUGAUGUCCAUUACGUGGUUUGAGCCGUGGAAUGACAAUUCACUCAAUUUGGCGGGGUGACCAUUUGGGCGUUCCACCCAUUUCUUUUCGCGUUUGUGACGAGAGCUGCAAGUGGAAAGAUCGUGGGCAAGAGUUCAGGAAUUGCACAAAACUGGAGUUGGUCAAAACAAAAGUAUCUUGUAAACCAACAACAUAAAAAAAAAACA